UGUUUUUGAGAAGUGUGUUUUUUUUUUAGUCGUGAAAUGCAAACAUAAUUUUCUGCGUUGGCGCAACCUUUAAAAAAUUGUGAAAUAAGAUUCCGUUCAUCAACAAUCCAUCGAUUUCUUCACCAGAGGUCGCUGAUGUUGUUACGUCAGAAGUGCUACCAAAACAAAAGUUAUCGAUCCAGUAGCAGUCGAGCGCAGUUAUCGUACCGUUUCUGCAUGGAAUAAAAGUGCCUUUGUAUAGGGAAUCGCAAUAAGUUGGCUUGGGUUGUUUUUUUUCACAUGAACAGGCAAAUUCGGCCGUGUAGUCUGAAGUAGUAUAGAUCUGAAUGCCGUUUAUCAUAUUCCGAUAAAUAUGGCAGGAACGCGUAUUGCGUUUACAAUCACUGUGAUAUCGCUGUUUUGCAUCAGCAGUACCCUUUGUGAUGAGUCCAACAAACUACAGCGAAAAUUAAAGGCGACGCUGAAUCCGGGCUGUUUCAUAUGCGAUAAUCGUACGGACAUAACGCUCGUCCACAUCGCAGCGGAAUCCGACACCGAUACCAUCCACUACGUUUGGGACUUUACCGGAAAACCGACUAUCCUGGUGGCGCUCACGGGGAAAGGCGCCCAGUUCCAGGUUGACUGGGCCGCAUUAUUCGACAGCAAGCCCGGAUCGGUCAACUUCACCGAAAGUCCUCGGUACACAUUCAUGGCCGUCAUCAAUCGGAUUUUCCAGUACGACGAUGCGGACGAUCGGGCGAUGUUGGAUGCGGGUAGCAAAGUGUUCGUCUACGACCCACACAAUUUCACAUGGAAUCGGAACUUGCUUUGGUCGAACGAAAAGGAUGCUAUGAUGGCUAUCAAUGCAGGCGAUGAUUUCCUGUUCAAGCUAAAUGCGUACUCUACCCAGGAUCACGGGAUGGACUUCCCUCACUUGCUGCACACAUCCAACUCCACCCAAAUCGACAUCGUGUUCAACAACAUAACGAACCGAUUUGCGAAUCCACGUUUCGCCGUCGAGCUGCUCUUUGUCGUUUCGGAACAGGCCGCGGUUUCGUCGCACUUCGAGGUCACGAAGCGUAAAACACUGGACGAUGAGCACACACCCGGCAUCUUCGAGAUCGUAGACGUACUUUCACCCGGUGCUUUCACCUUCUCUGCCGGUGGCUACAUGGAGUAUCGGCCCGUUUCGUACACCCAUCCGGAGCGGGAGAUCGCCUUUUCGACCGAGACACGUCAAAGCCAACCGGUCACGAUUGACUCGCCGUCGGUGGCUCUCAACACGACACUGGCCUACGCGUUGUACGGUAACAGUCUGGGGCAGCGGUUAGUGCAGGGCAUGAACGUUUCGUUCGGCGUCAGUGAGGACGGCUUCUACCGUAAGACCAACUACACAACGAUGACAUUCCAGGUCGGGUACGGUAUGCCACCGGCCGAGGAACUGUCCGCGUUCGUACUGAUCGUGGCUAGCAUCGGUAUCGGAAUCCCACUGAUUGUGCUGUCGGUGGGCUUGCUCUAUUUGUGCCUGAAAAAACUUCGCAAUCGUGGCCGGUUCCAGCAGGAGCGGCUGUAGACCGGGGCGUGCAACUUAGUAGUGGCAUCCUGUUUUACGACGAGAGCCAACGAUGAUAUGGUGCUUUGCUCGAUGGCGAUGAUCUCUCUUUCUUCUCUUCGAUGCCGCACGUAGAGUGUUACACAAGACAGGAAGUCCCUCCCUAGAUGAAAAGACACCUAAGCGCACACAAAAAACGCGUCCAUCGGUAUUACCAACCACUGUAUACACUCCAAUACCGCCCCAGCUGUUCGGGUACAUGUUAGGAAAUGUGUUUCAACCAUAGUCAAAAGUAUAUAAAACUAUGUUAUGCUUAAAUAAAUUCGUUUAGUUUUGUAGCA